CGUGGCUUUGUGCGUGUGUGUUGGUGUGAGGCCAGGGACUGUGUGUGUGAAACAGAGACAGAGAGUGAGAGAGAGAGAGUUCUCGGGGAAAAGAAAGGCCUUGAAUUGAUGAGAGUACGAUGUAGCGAGCAGUACAGCUGCUAUCGGAGCCUCGGCACCUGCCAGAAGGAGAUUGGAAUAUGAUGCGUAUCACACAGACCUUGAGAGGUUGAACCUGGGACCCUGUGAUUCCCUGACUCUGCCGAAGAUUGACCUGGUGCAGCAGUUGUUUCUGCAGCUAAUCCAUUCACGCGGUACUUCAGUGUAACUGAGUGUCUUGCAGCACCUUUUUAGAGGGAAGAUAAGAGUCAGCCACAUUGCCUUGGGUUGGGAGUCACGUGUUGUUCAGCUCAGAUCUGAACAAUGACAGACGGGAUCAUGGGAAAGGCUGCCACAAUGGAAAUUGCCAUAAACAGCAAUGGUGACACAGCCGGUUUACCAGAGGAUGAUGGUUUAGAGCAGGACCUUCAGCAGGUGAUGGUGUCAGGCCCAAAUCUGAAUGAGACCAGUAUUGUUUCUGGGGGUUAUGGGGGAACGGCAGAAGCGAUAAUUGCAACAGGUACAAUCAAAGGCAAGCUAGAGGAAGUGCAGCUUCCGUGGAAGGAAAGGGCCAUAGGCGGCAGUCAGGAAGGAAAAUCUGUUUUCAAUCUGGUCCCGAAAGUCAGGAUUUAUAAACCGCGAUGCAGUAACCUUCACCAGUCCCAGAGUAGCCCUGUGACCGGCAAUGAGGAGCCUGCCCGGGGGAUCGCUGGUGAGAAAUUUGACAUUGUGAAAAAGUGGGGAAUCAACACCUACAAGUGCACAAAGCAGUUGAUCUCGGAGAGGUUUGGUCGAGGCUCCCGGACAGUGGACCUGGAACUUGAAGCACAGAUUGAACUCCUGCGUGACACAAAGAGGAAGUACGAAAAUGUGCUGCGGCUUGCCCGAGCGCUCACAAACCAUUUUUACAACUUGGUGCAGACACAGCGGGCCCUGGGAGAGUCUUUCUCCGAUCUCAGUCAGAAAUCCCCCGAACUCCAGGAGGAGUUUGGACAUAACGCUGAUACUCAGAAGCUGCUGUGUAAGAAUGGGGAGACGUUGCUUGGAGCCAUCAAUUUCUUUGUAUCCAGCAUCAACACUCUGGUCAACAAGACGAUGGAGGACACACUGCUCACUGUCAAACUGUUUGAGAGUGCCAGAUUGGAAUAUGAUGCAUAUCGCACAGACCUUGAGGAGUUGAACCUGGGACCCCGUGAUUCCUUGACUCUGCCGAAGAUUGACCUGGCACAGCAGCUGUUUCUGGUGCAUAAGGAGAAAUACGAGAGAUUGCGCAGUGAUGUCACCAUCAAGCUGAAAUUCCUGGAGGAGAAUAAGGUAAAGGUGAUGCACAAACAGUUGUUGCUGUUCCACAAUGCCAUCUCAGCGUAUUUCGCUGGGAACCAGCAGCAAUUGGAGCAAACCCUCAAACAGUUCAAUGUGAAGACAAAGGUAUCGAGCUAUGAAAAGCCAUCGUGGCUGGAGGAACAGUGACAACAAAUCGGUUUGGAGCAGGACCUGAGAGAGGCACAGCCAGGCAAUGAGGAAGCUGCAUUAAACACAAAAAACCCAAAAAUUACCAUUUGAAUCCGUGUGUUUGAAACAAACUCUCAGACAUGUUAGAAUUUUAGGGGAAAUUUCCUGGUUGCUUAAACUCGAAUCAUUUCCAGAUUUCUUAGCUUUGUAAUGUUACACUAAAGCAAACACUAAGGUACGAUGGGACUGUGUCAGAGCUGUGAGUACACUCCUAGUUUGUAAAUAUUCAGUCUAGGGACCACAGAGGCUUUACAGAUACAUGGGGGUCUGGGGGGCGGGGUAGUGAUACCUGGGUGUGUGUGGGAGGGUCACCCUCCCAAAACACCCCACCCCCACCCUGGUUCCCCAAAGUAUUUGGGCUCUGGUCCUGGGGGUGCUCUGGUUCAUGGGAAAUAAGUUGUUUAAAGGGGACCUUGAUUUAUUUAGUUGCUUCAUUCAGAAGGUGGUGGGAGGCUGGGGGUGGGGGGAUGGUGUGGGGGAGAACGAACCUUCUGGACACAUGUUAUUGCCAGUUGGUGGAUGGAUUGAUGAGGCCACAUUUGGGCUUCUCCACCAAGACCAGCUCGCUAGCCCUGUCUCUGUCUCACCACCAGUGGGCGGGAGCAUCUGUGUGGGAGCACCAUUGUUACAGAUUGUCCCGUGGGAGGGGAAUUUCCCAAACCCAGGAUAUUUAUUGAAGAUGUGUGGAGGAGAGAGGUUUGGCUGUUAGAUGGAAUCUGUUCGAAAGUCCAUAAGUAUUGCCACUUUGAGGGGAAUCCCCAAGCAUUGGAAAUGUUUGCAGAGUGAAAAUUCUGUGGUGUAUUAAAAAAAAAUCUUUAACUCUGCAUUUUCUGUACUGUACUGUUUGUGGUGUUUAAAUUUAUUAGUAUCAAAAAUACCAAAAUAAGAUGAACAGCAAAAAUCAGGAACGCUGGGGAAUUCUGGAGAGUAAAGAGCUGUCAGGAUUGGGAGUGAGCAGGAGAGAAGGGGAAUAAAAUGGGGCAGCAACCCAUUGUUCCCUGAUACCUCUCCUGCCCCUCACCUUGCAGCCUGCUCGACUUUCAGCCUGCUGUUUCUGCUGUUUCUACACCCUUCUGGUUUAUAAUCUCAAAGUAUAAAACUGAUGAUUUUAUAAAAUAAAUUUCCUCCCAGCUCCAUUUUUGAGGCAUUAAAGUGUGCGGUUUUGCUGAA